AGAACAAGAAGAAGCUGCAGUAAAUGGACAGAUGUGUUUUUUUUGAACCUGUGAAGAUGGAUGUCUGGAUGUCUCUCUCUCUGCAGCUUUCUGCUUGGACAGUGAUGAGCCUCCUCUGUGUCUCUUCUUCUCUCAGAGUGACGGUGAGGGACUCUGAUCUGAAGGAGUGUGAGACGGAAGACAACGUGUGUGUCACUGACCGCAAAGACUGUGGGCAGCGACCACACACAUCCAUACUGGAGACCCUGAACGUCUCGUGUUACUUCAACAACUCAUUACCCAGGUCCCUGACGUGUGAGUGGAGUCAGUCUGACAGCUUCACUGAGUCCGACGCCUCGUUCAUCUUCAGCAGUGAGAGGAUUUUCUCCUGUAAGGGCAUCUUAAGAGUGGGCAGCAUCUUCAAUUUGACGGUCCGGAUGAAAAACUACCUGAUGGGGACAGAGAUCUGGUCCCAGCCUCAUUCUGGUCCACUGGAAAAUAUAACCAAACCCCGGCAGCCUGUCGUAACUGUACGUGGCUCCACUGAGGACUCCGUCAACGUGUCUUGGAGCACAACAUUUGACGGCACGUGUCGGCUUCGUUACAGAGUCGACAAUCACACGUGGACUGAGGCGUCAGAUUCGAUCCAGGUGCCUGAACCUCAGAUGCUGGUCCACACGAUCAAAGACCUGCAGCCGUUUACCGUCUACACGUUCUCUGUGGCCUGCAGGAUGGAGUACGGCCUCUGGAGCGACUGGAGCGCUGACGUCACUGCGAGGACGCUGGAAAGAGUUCCUUCCAGACCUCCAGAGGUUUGUUACAGAGUGGAGAAAACAGACUCUGGUGAAGCUGCUCUCCUGCAUCUCAUGUGGAAGGAUCUUGACCUCCAUGAAGCUGGCGGUCGUAUCCUUGGAUACCAGGUGAGCUACGAGCCGGUGACGCCAACGCCUGCUCAGAACAGACAGGUUGAAAACAUCACAGGGGUGACGGCGCCCCUAGUGGUGGACGAGGGGAACUACAGCGUCACGGUUACGGCCUUCAACGCGGCCGGAUACGGACCUGCUGCACAUCUCAGCAUCGACACACGCAGACAGAGCACUGUCCCCUCCGUCAGAAACUUGUGGGUCUUUGCUUCUUCCCCCUCUGUCAGAGACCUCCGGGUCCAGUGGGAGGUCCCUGAACGCCCCGUCAGUCAUUUUAAUGUCCAGUGGCAUCCAGUGACGCGUCCGUCCAACCGCCGCUGGAGCAGAGUGAGCGCCUCCAACACCUCCACUGUCAUUAAAGAUGUCGACCCCGAUGAGUCCUACAGGAUCAGCGUGUUCCCCGUCUACGAGCAGCAGUGUGGAGCUCCUCAGUCUCUGCCUGCCAGUCUGCAGCAGGGAGUUCUGAUGGAGCCCGCCAGACUGAAAGUGAUGGACGUUACCAAGACGACGGUGACGGUCAGAUGGGCGUGGCAGGAGAAGAAGAAGAGCGACAGACCGAUCAGAGUGAACAGAUACAGUCUGACGCUGAAGAAAGACACAGAAACACAAAGUCUGUUCAUAUCUGCGGACAGGAAGCAGCACACUUUCCUCCACCUGAAACCAAAUACUGAAUAUUCCCUCCAGCUGUCCUCUGAUGAUGUCACCAGAGACAUCAUCCACGUCACGACCAACUUCAAUGAAGUCCCAGUGGUUGCUACGGUUACUCCUCUGCUGCUGCUGGCCGUCGCUGCGUUCAUCAUCUCCAUCCUGUCCAGGACUGUGUACAAGGCGUACUUCUUCCCGCCCAUCUCCAGCCCUCGGGGGAGUACGACAGGCCAGUGGCUGAUGGACCCACGUCUACAGAGAGCAGCAGAGAGGAAUAUUCUGGACAUCGAGGACUUCCAGGUGAAAGACGUGGCUGGGAGAGAAAAGUCUCAUCGUGAUCGGAUCGAAGUCUUCAUCCUCCAGAGACGAUUACGAUGAUGAUGAUGACGAGGCGGCGGCUGAAGACAAACCUGCUCUGUCUCUCAGUCACCUGAUCAUCGAGCUGGACCUGGACUACAUCUCUGAGACUCACACUCACACACAGCUGCCAUCACCAACGCUGCAGCAGCCACCGCCGCCACCUCUCUCCCCGCUCUCCCUCCAUCCCGACUACGCUGCGUUCAGGCCCGAGCAGACCCGAGCCUUCGACCGUCAGACACGACGAGUCAACGGCUGGUUUCCACAGAAAGAGGAAGAAGAGAGCAAACCGGAGGGAACUGACAUCAACGCUCAAAGUUUUCAUUUCCACGCACUCACUGAUGCUGACGGUGGUUUUUAUCAGAUGACCUGCGAGGACGAGUAUGUGGUAAACUGUUCCUUUCUGGGGAAGGCUGAUGUUGAAACGGAGAGUGGACUCGUACCUGAUGUUUGAGAGAACACACACACACACACACACACACACACACACA